AGGAAGAGGCGCUGCCUUUAUCGGAAAGUACUUUGCUCGGUCUGAGAGACUGUGCAGUGUGCAGUUGGACUGCUGUGUAUUUUGGAGUGAGCCAGUGAGGAGCGAGGGUAGUUUACGAGAACAGCUCAUUCACAUGCGCAAGGAAGAGGGGCAAAGGGGGGAAAUAAUAGAGCACGCGAACAGCCGUACAGUUUCACAGAACACACACAGAACCUGUCACACACAGCCAUGGCCCGUGGGCACCAGAAGAUUCAGUCCCAGCAGAAAAAUGCAAAGAAGCAAGCCGAGCAGAAGAAAAAACAAGGGCAUGAUCAGAAGACUGCUGCCAAAGCAGCCUUAGUAUACACCUGCAGUGUCUGUAUGACGCAGAUGCCUGACCCAAAGACGUUCAAGCAGCACUUUGAGAGCAAGCAUCCCAAAUCCCCGAUGCCACCAGAACUAGCUGAUGUGCAAGCAUAAGAUGCAUUUUCAGUAUCAUGCUGUAACAGGAAAAGUGAACAUUUAAUCUGGAAAAUGGAAUAAGAGUACCUUCAAGCCACAAACCUACCUGUCAACUGCCCCUCACAAAUAGUCCUAGUUCUGCAGCUCUUUUCAAGUUGAACUGCUGAGCCGUGUUAACAAAGCAGCUUCGGAUUACUGAGAAUGGCGGGGUGAUUCAAUAUAGCCAGUUGGCCGCUUUGCAGUGCUGCUGUGGAAAAUGCAUUUCUACCAGAUUUAAAAGAUACCAGUCACUCAGUUUUGCACGUGUCCCUGUGAAAAUACUGCGUCCUGCUGUUUUUGCAUGUUACUGGAAUGCCAAUUUCAGUCAGUUAUCAUUUACAGUGGCCGGACACCUCUGUGUUCCUUACCAAAAUAAUUAUUGCAUUUUGUAAAAAAUGGCAAGGAAUGCCAUGCUAUGAGAUCGACAAGAAACAGUACUGUCACCAUUUGGGAAAUACGCUGGGCUACGCAGAUUGUGGAAUAUUGUAUAUGUUUUCAUGUCAACACACACACACAUGGUCUCUUCCCCCUCCAAAAGUAGUUCUAGAAUCCUGCUCAUUUGGAGCCUCCUCUGCCCAGUUUCAUCACCAUGUUUUUUGUGGGGGGGGGUUCCCCAUAGCAGCAAUGCAAAGUAGCCAACUGACUGUCCUAUAAAGCCUAUAUUUUUAGCAUGUAACUUUUAUACCACCAGUGUAUAGCGAUGCUGCAUAGUUUCAUAAAAGCAUCAUUUUUACACCUGUAAUUACACUUGUUCAUAUGAUAUAAAAUACGAUUUUAAUAAAGUAAUACUUUGGUACAUUUUCCAGGA